GUUGUUUACAAAUUGACAUCGCAGAAUUUUCGUAAAACUAAGAUAAAGUAUAAAAUGAGUCAAGAAAAUGUGGAUGAAGUUGAUGAAGACGUUGUUUUGAAUGCAGAAGACAUUGUACAGGUGAUAGACUUGGGCGAGAAUGACGGUGUGGCCAGUGAUAGUGACGAUGAUUAUGAUGGAGGUGAUGAUGAAAAUGAAAUGGAAGUCGGGGCAGAAGGAGAUGCCAUAAAAGAAGAUUCAGCAUUGGUUUUUAGGGGACAUAAAGAUAGUGUAUUUACUGUGAAGAUUGAUCCCAAGUCAUCAAGUCUAGCUGUAACAGGAAGUCAAGAUGAUACAGCUAUAGUGUGGAAUAUUUCUACUGGUGAUACACUAUUCACUUGUACAGGACACACAGAUUCAGUUACCAGUGUUGGUUUUAGCUAUGACUCAUCGUACGUGGCUACUGCAGAUAUGUCUGGGUUAAUAAAGGUCUGGAAAACAGAAACUAAAGAAGAAAUUUGGUCUUUUGAAGGAGGUGAAACUGAAUGGUUAAGAUGGCAUCCAUUAGCUAAUGUACUGUUAGUAGGAACUAAUGAUGGAGAUGUAUGGAUGUGGAAAAUACCAGAUGGUGACUGUAAAACAUUUCAUCAUAAUUCUUCUGUUACUUCUUCUAAUAUAUUAUCUGAUGGUAAGAGAUUAUGUACAGGCUGUGAAGAUGGAAGUCUGAAAUUCUGGGAUUUGAAAUCAGGAGAAAGUAUAUAUAGUUUAUCUGGUCACGAUUCACACAAAUCUUCAGUGCUUUCUAUCGACUCUCAUUCAGACGGUAAACUGGUUUUAACUGGUUCAACAGAACAGACGGCAAAAUUAAUCAACACACAAACAGGCAAGGUGAUAACAACGUUUGAUUGUUCCAGUCCAACUGAAGGUGAUAAUAGUGAGGAUGAAAAUUCAGUGGAAACUGUUGGAUUGUCAAAUAUGUUUCCGUAUGCUGCUACUGGUUGUAUGAAUGGUAUAGUAGGUGUCUGGGAUAUCCCUAGUCAAACUUUACGUCAUCAAUGUAAACAUGAAGCUGGUGUGGUGAAGUUAAAAUGGGAUAAUGUAUCACCUAUGAUUUAUACAGCAUGUUUAGAUGGAGUGAUAAGACUAUGGGAUGCUAGAACUAGCUCUACAGUUUCAACAUGGGAGGGUCAUACAGCUGAAAUUCUAGAUUUUGAUAUUUCAAAAGAUGGUAGUACAAUAGUAUCAGUAGCAGAAGAUCAGACAGCUCGUGUAUUUUCAGUUCACUCCCCUGAUAGAUAAUAAAUACUUACAUUAUUUAAAAA